GGCUAAUUAGUACUCUGAGAACCCGAACAUUCGGCCAUAGUGGCAAUAUGCAAUGUUUCCCAUAUUAGGCAAGGCUAGCGAUGUUCCUGCGAGGGCUAUAUAAAGCCGGGAGAAAUGCUACAUAGUUCAAACAAGAAUACAACUCCUGACAAAUACAAGUACAACAAUGGCUCUUACUAAGGAUACACGUCUCCCAUUGAACAACGGUAAAACAAUUCCAGUUAGUGGGUUUGGUCUUUACCAAACACCACCAGAACAAACAAGAAAGCUUACAUAUGAGGCAUUGCAAGUUGGCUACAGACACAUUGACAGUGCAAGAGCCUACAACAACGAAGCCGAGGCGGCUCAAGGUAUUGCUAACUUUUUGAAAGAUUAUCCAGAUGUUAAGAGGGAGGACAUCUUCUUCACAACAAAGGUUUUCAGUCGUGAUCCCCGUACCUAUGACGAAUUCGUUUCCGAUAUUGAAGAUUCCUACAACAAGAUCAAGGAUUCCAUUGGGUACAUCGAUCUCUUCUUGGUUCAUGCACCACUUCCAGAUAAGAGUACAAGACUUGCAGUGUAUGAAGCACUUCAAGAUGCUGUUGAAAAGGGCUACACCAAAUCUAUUGGUAUCUCUAAUUAUGGUGUUCGUCAUGUUGAGGAACUUUUCGCCUGGGACAAGUUUAAAAUCAAGCCGGUCGUUAACCAAUUGGAAUUGCAUCCUUGGUUGCCACGUAAAGACCUCCAAGAGGCUGGAAAGAAGUAUGGCUUUUUGCUAGAGGCAUACUCCCCUCUGACUCAAGGUAAGAAGUUGGAUGCUCCUGAGCUUGUGGAAAUUGCAGAGAAGCAUGGUAUCAGCACGGCUGAUGUUUUGUUGGCGUGGAGUUAUGAGCAAGGAUUCGUUCCAUUGGCGAAGACUGUUCAUACCGAGAGAAUCAAAACCAACUAUACCGUCUUGGACAGAGUCACCUUGGAUGAUGAAGAUAACAAGCUGCUCGAGAAGCCAGAAUCGUACGAAGUUCUUACUUGGGAUCCUACUGUUACCCCAUAAACUGCUUGACUUUUAAACUUAUUCUUUUACGUAUAUAGCAUCGAUUAUCACACUGUUGGAUGCGCAAUA